GAGAAAUUGAAAUGAUUCGAGGUGAGUAACGCAGUAUAGACAAUAUUCGAAGGAUGUAGUUUGCAAAUAUUUUAAUUUUCCCAAAUUCUAAGCCCUUACCGAUUUUGGUUCGCUCGCCGUCGUACAAAACCAGCCUUUCCACCUCCGUCGUCCGCCGUUCUCCGCCACCACCCUCACCGCUCGUUCGACGGCGCGUGACAGUUAUUAUUAGCCUGCUUCGGAAAUUGAUAACUUCUGUUCAACAGCUGAGCUAAAAUUUUGAUUUUGAUUGAAAUGUUUAGUCCUGGAUAAGAAAAUUUUAAUUUUGUCCGGUAGAGGGCAUAAUUAUAUAGGAUAUGGUUUUUACUACUUCAUCAAUGACCAAACUCGAUCAUUGUUGAGUUAUGGAAAGAAAGGUAUAGAGCAAAACUUAGCUGCAGUAACGCAGGUUUCAAGAAGAAAAGUGGAGCAAAUCACCCUAGGCCAGAAACAAGAACUGGUUGUCCUGCAAUGCCUACUAAUUAAGCUUGAGGACUCAAAAAGAUGGAGAAUUGUUGAAGCUGUGCUUCAGCAUAAUCAUACAGUAAGCGCAGAGAUCAGACGGUUCUAUAAGUCUCACAAAAAGAUGAUUCUUGCUUCUAAAAAACAGCAGGAAUUGACACCUGUUACAGAAGUACAUACAAUUAAGUUAUACCACACAUCUAUUGAUGCUGCUUAUAAUGGAUCCAAGAAGUCGAGGAAACAGAUAGUGGGCUUCCUGUUGAUACCUCAAAGCAUUUAGAGCUCAAAGAGGGAGAUGCACAUGCCCUGUAUAAUUAUUUUUGUCGUAUGAAGUUGACAAAUCCAAACUUCUUUUACCUGAUGGAUCUUGAUGAUGAAGGAUGCCUGAGAAAUGUGUUCUGGGCUGAUGCUAGGUCAAGGGCUGCUUUCAACUCCUUUUCUGAUGCAGUUGCAAUGGAUACAACAAGCUUGAGAAACAAAUAUGGAAUUCCUCUAAUUUCUUUUGUCGGAUUAAACAAUCAUGGGCAACCUGUUUUGCUGGGAUGUGGUUUUCUUGGACAUGAUUCAGCAGAGUACUUUAUUUGGAUGUUUAAAUCAUGGCAAACAUGUAUGCUUGGGAGACAUCCACAAGUUAUUCUAACGGAUCAGUCAAAAUCAUUGCAAAUUGCAGUUUCUAAGGUUUUCCCUCGAGCUUGUCAUUGUUAUUGUUUGUCAUAUGAGUCUAUCAAGAUGCAACUGUAUAAAGCAGUUUAUAAUUCUUUGAAGAUCACCGAAUUUGAAACUUCUUGGGGUCAGAUGAUAAGUCAGCAUGGACUCAAGGACAGUAAAUGGCUUCAAUCAUUGUAUGAAGAUCGUGAAAAAUGGGUACCAGUCUACUUAAAAAGAUAUUUCCUUCAUGGGAAUCAUGCCAAUAAAGGAAAACGAGAGUUUGGAUAGAUUUUUUGAUGGUUAUGUACAUAAACACACUUCAUUCAAAGAAUUUGUUGAUAAGUAUGAUCUAGCCCUGCAAAGGAAAUACCUGAAAGAAGCAAUGGCUGAUAUGGAGUCAAGAAGUUCAAGCUUUGAACUGAAAACAAAAUGCAGAUUUGAGCAGCAACUCUCGCGGAUAUUCACAAAGGAAAUAUUCAAGCAGUAUCAAAAAGAAGUUAGAGGAAAUGCAUUCUUGCUUUUUAUCACAAGACAAGUAAACAUUGCUGGGCCAAUAAUGACGUUUAUUGUCAAAGAAAGAGUAGAAUCCGAAGGAGAUCAGGCAGUUUGAGGUUCUCUAUGAGACUACACAAGUAGAAGUACGUUGUAUUUGCAGUUUGUUUAACUUUAAAGGAAUACUUAUGCAGACAUGCAUUGAAUGUACUGAAUUAUAAUGGUGUAGAAGAUAUUCCAUCACAACACAUCCUACCGCGUUGAAUAAUCCUGUGGAAUUAUACAAUCAUCUACAUAAACAUGUCAUGCAAGUUGUUGAAGAAGGGGCUCAAUACAUGGCGGUCCUUCAAGAAUUACAAGCUUUAUUGAACAGGUUUCCUUAUAGAUGGCAAUUUGGUUUCACUGUAAUGUUUGACAUGGAACAAUUCAAUGCAGAAUUAUAGUGCAUCUUUGUACAGAAUA